UCUUAUCCGCCCUGUCUCGAGUCCAACUCGGCACUUUACCUCACUCUCAGAAGCAAUGGAGCUUCUUACGGUUAGCAUUUCAUCUCUCUCGCCAUCCCUCCAAAACCACCAACACAUCUCCAAAACCGCUUCUCUUUCCUUAGAUACCUCCCAGAACUGUCUGUCCAUUCCAAAAACCACCUGUCAUUUCUCUAGCUACCGCCAAAACCACCUUUCUCUCCACCGAACCACCCACAUCUUAAUUUCUCUUGAAAAUCGGAUUCCGUCCCGCCAAAACCACCUUUCCAUCCUCAAAACCACUUCUUUUCACAAAAAACCGAAUACCCAUCUCUCGAAUUCCCUCCAAAGCCACCUUUCGGAGCUCAAAACCGCUUCUUCACAUAAAAUUUCGACAACCCAUCUCUCCAAUCCCCUCCAAAACUGCCUUUCAGACAUCGAAAUCGCUUAUUUUAUCAAAAUUCCAAUCGACCAUUCCUCCAAUCUCCUCCAAAACCACCUUUCAACCUUCAAACCAAUUUCUUUUUACAAAAUCCUAACCACCCAUUUCCCAAAUUGCCUCCGAAACCACCUUUCAUUCUUCAAAACCGCUAUGUCCCUUUCGCUAUUGGCAGUCUCGACCCCAUUUCCUUCUCUGGCAGCUGAAUCUGCCAUCCCAACUGAGCAGCUCUCGGAUAAAAUCAACAUCGAAUCUAUCCUAAUUUCUAUUGAUGAUUUCUUCAACCGCAACCCAUUCUUCGUUGCCAGUGUUACAUUCGUCUGGCUCGUUGUAAUCCCUUUAACCCAAGAAUAUCUGAAGAAAUUUAAGUACAUUUCCACCAUUGGUGCUUUCCUGAAGCUUAGGGAUGACCCAAAUACACUGCUGUUGGACAUCAGGAAUAAACAGAGUUUGGCAUCUCUGGGUUCUCCCAAUUUGAAGAUUUUGAAGAAAAGCGCCGUUCAGAUCGAGUUUUCAGAAGGGGAUGAAGAUGGUUUUGUGAAGGAGGUUUUGAGGAAUUUCAUUGAUCCAAGAAAUACCAUUGUCUGUGUUCUUGACAACUUCGAUGGUAAUUCCUUGAAAGUGGCGGAACUAUUAUUCAAGAAUGGAUUUAAAGAGGCAUAUGCAAUUAAGGGAGGGCUUAGAGGCAAGGAUGGUUGGCAGGAUAUACAGGAAAACCUUCUUCCACCUUCUGUGCAUGUUUAUUCGAGAAAGAAGGGAAAAAGAUCACAACAGCUUGAUGUGAGCAAAGAGAAAACAGAUAGGAGAAACGGAGAAAACGGAAAAAUACCAACUUCUAAAAACAUCCAUCAGGAUGCAGACAGAAAGGUGGAGAAUGGAUCUGUGAAGCCUGCAGAAACUGCUCCACAAGGAAAUCUAAGCUUGGGAAGGCCAUUGUCACCAUACCCAAAUUAUCCAGAUUUGAAACCGCCAUCUUCCCCGACUCCAUCGAAGCCUCGAAAUUGAAGCUGUUUCCCAGUCAUCUGCAACAGGAUGUUUAUUUACGACCCUUGGAUGGUUUUGCAGAAAAUGCAUUUGAAAUUUGUUUUGAUUGGUUAUAGAGAAGAGUCUGCCACAAAAAGGCAUUUUUUAGGUUCUUCAAAUGUAUUAUUCUGUUUCGGUCAUUAAUCAUAUCAACUUUUUCUUUGAUUGUGGAAGAAAUAGAUUUUGUUCUUUUAUUUUCGAGAAAGGAUUUUUUGUACUGGAAGAAUUAUAUAAUACUAAUGGGUAUGGCACCUGCACUCA